CAAGGGGUGGGUCUUUAACAUUGCAGCUGAGAAAAACCCAGGCAGUCUCACUGCUACCAGUCGAUCGGAGCGGAGCACACUCCAAACUCGAGAGAAAAUGAAUUGCCUGGCACUAGUUUCCAUCCUGACCAUCGCCUUUCCAGGUACCCUUGGAUCUGUGGAGGUGUUAGUCCCGGGGCACAUCGACGCUGAGGUUGCGUACCCAGUCAGAAUCCCAUGCACCCACACCAUCACCAGCGCCAACUCCAAUGUGAUGGUGGAAUGGUUCAUCAUGAACAAACACGGCGAGCGACAAAGAAUUGCUUACAAAGACGAGGCAAGCAGUGUGAUGGACCCGGGCACACCCUACACUGGGCGGGUGACCGUGGAUAGUGACUACAGCCUGGUGAUCAGUCGGGUCGAGGUGAUGGAUGAGCGGCCUUUCCUGUGCCAGGUAAUUGCCGGAGCUACGGGAAGCCAGGAAGGGAAAACCGAGCUCAAGGUCUAUGAUGCUCCAGAACGGCCCGAGGUUGAAUCCAAUCCAGCCACGUUAUCCGUGAACGAGCAACAUCCUUCCGAGAUUGGAGUCUGUACCAGUCAGAAUGGUUAUCCAGCACCCACCAUUCAAUGGUACAAGGAUGGCAUCCUAUUGCAAACGGUUACCACGCACAAUGAGGAUAUGUACAUGAUCCCUCGUAUUGUGAAGGAAGCCAGUGGGCUGUUCACUGUGACCAACAGACUCUACUUGAAGCUGUCCAAGGCCGAUAAAGAUUCCAAAUAUCACUGCCGCAUCCUCUAUCAGAUGAUGGACAAUCGGAAACACACACUAGACUCCGAACCUUUCCGAGUCACCUUACACUAUUACACGGAACACGUGACCUUUAACUUCACCUCUGACCCCACAAUCCGAGAGGGGGACAACGUCACCCUGAGCUGUUUCGCUGAUGGCUUCCCACAGCCAGAGUAUGCCUUCUACAGGAUGAUGAACGACGAGGAGGUGGAGCUGGAGAACGGUAAACAUGGCGUCCUGACCCUGCCGAAUGUAACAAAGGCGCAGAGUGGGACAUACGUGUGCGAGGCCCUGGAUUUCGAUGCUCCCGGUGAUGUCGAGCUGAAGAAGGAGCUCAGCAUCACUGUCAACUACAUCGAGCGGCCUGUACUCAGCGAGAAGGGGCCGGUCUUCCUGAAUUUGGGAGAUAACUAUAAGAUCUCCUGCUCUGCCCAAGGAUCAGUCACCCCCAAGGUCAUUUGGAAAAAGGGGAAAGAGAUGCUGUCCGACUCAGGGAGUCUCUCCCUGGAGGGAGUGAGCUACCAGUCUACUGGGACCUACGUCUGUGAAGCGAGGGCCCCGUCAAUACGGGGACUGAAGCGAGCCCAGAGCGUUGAGGUGUAUGUACAAGGCAUUCCAGUGUUGCAGUCCAGCCCAGAGGAAGUAACAGUGAAACACAAAGGCGAGAAAGUCACAUUGACAUGCACAGCAUUCGGUUAUCCCAAACCCACUGUCACAUGGAACGUCCCGAAGCAACCAGUGCUGACCCACUCCGAGAAUGCCCUGGUCAGUCAGGUCUCCUUCCCAGUCAACAACAAGAUGAUCCAAGAUGGAGUCGCAUGCAACGCCACCAACAAAUAUGGCUCGACCCAGCGACGCUUCCAUUUGGCGAUUGUAAAACCCACCACAGCGCCUCCACAGACAUCAGGAGUGGAUUCAGUGAAGAAGACAAAGGGCCGUGAGUCGCAGGGAGGUGGGGGUGGGGCCAUUAUCGCUGUGGUGGUCUGUAUCCUCCUGCUGCUCCUGGUGGUGGCCAUCUUGUACUGCCUGCACAGAAAGGGCAAGCUCACGUGCGGAAAAUCGCAGGAAAAGGACAGCGUGAAAUUGGGGUCCGAGGAUCAGUGUCUUCGGGAGAAGAUGGGCAAUUGAGGAGAAAGAGUUGGUGGAGGAGACAAUGAGUUUGCCGAAGGACCUUGUGAGAUAUCAACCCCCGUACACUGACCGGAGCGCCUGUGAUGUUCCCUCUUCUUUCUCUCGAGCAGAUAUCAUUUCAAGAGAUUUACUUGUUGUAACAAGCACCACUGCCGAGACCCUUCCUGUCCCCGUAGACCUUUCCUUCAAGCACACCUCUGUCCCGUCUCUUGGGGUCUUUGGAAAAUCUUCAUCCAAGACGCACAUGAAAAGAUCCCCACUUCACCCAGUUAGGGCUUCAGUUACUAAGGGGCGGCAUGGCGACUCAAUGGUUAGCACUGCAGCCUCACAGCACCAGAGACCCGGGUUUGAUCCCACCCUCGGGCGACUGUCUGUGUCGAGUUUGCACAUUCUCCCUGUGUCUGUGUGGGUUUUCUCCGGGUGCUCCGGUUUCCUCCCACAGUCCGAAGAUGUGCAGGCUAGAUGGAUUGGCCUUGCUAAAUUACCCAUAGUGCCCAGGGCUGUGCAGGUUAGGGUGGAUUGGCCGUGCUAAAUUACCCAUAGUGCCCAGGGCUGUGCAGGUUAGGGUGGAUUGGCCUUGCUAAAUUACCCAUAGUGCCCAGGGCUGUGCAGGUUAGGGUGGAUUGGCCGUGCUAAAUUACCCAUAGUGCCCAGGGAUGUGCAGGAUAGGGUGGAUUGGAAAUGCUAAAUUACCCAUAGUGCCCAGGGAUGUGCAGGUUAGGGUGGAUUGGCCAUGCUAAAAUACCCAUAGUGCCCAGGGAUGUGCAGGUUAGGAUGGAUUGGCCAUGCUAAAUUACCCAUAGUGCCCAGGGAUGUGCGGGUUAGGGGGAUUGGCUAUGGUAAAUUACCCAUAGUUCCCAGGGAUGUGCGAGUUAGGGUAGAUUGGCCAUAGUAAAUUACCCAUAGUGCCCAGGGGUGCGUGGGUUAUAGUGAGAUGGGUGUGGGUGGGAUGUUUCAAGGGGCAGUGUGAACUUGUUGGGACGAAGGGCCUGUUUCCACACUAAUCUAAUUCCCAUGCUCGGGGGCAGCUAGAGAACUCCCAACCUUUACCUUCUGGCCUCUUUCGCCAAUGAGCUGGCGUGACAUGGACCAUGACCCCUGAACCCUCACUCUCGUUCGUCCCCGGGUGCCGGAGGGUUUGGCUAGUUUGGGUCGCUCGGUGUUUCAGCACGACCCGGGCCCACUUGUGCAGGGUCUAUGCUCAGGGCCCUCCCGAAAACAGAGUUUAAACCAGGCCUGAGGAUCUGAGACACACCUCAGUGCAGUCCCCCUGGGGUGGGGGUUGGGGUGGUGGCAGGAGAUGUCUUUGGGACGUUAAAGGUAAAUUUUAAAACUUUCACCCUGAAGUUUGGAAGAUCUAACCCCGUGCUGUCCCUGUCCCUGGGAAGGUUAGAUGGGGGGACAGUGUAGAGGGAACUUUACCCUAUAUCUAACCCCGUGCUGUCCCUGUCCUGGCUGAGUUUGAUGGGGGACAGCGUAGAAGGAGUUUUACCCUCUAUCUAACUCCAUGCUGUCCCUGUCCUGGCUGAGUUUGAUUGGGGGUACGGUGUAGAGGAAGCUUUACCCUCUAUCUAACUCCGUGCUGUCCCUGUCCUGGGAGUGUUGAAUGGGGGGACAGUGUAGAGGGAGCUUUACCCUCUAUCUAACUCCGUGCUGUCCCUGUCCUGGGUGUGUUUGAUGGGCGGACAGUGUAGAGGGAGCUUUACCCUCUAGCUAACCCCGUGCUGACCCUGUCCUGGGCGUGUUGGAUGGGUGAUGAAAAGUCCGUUUUCAGUUCUGUUACCAAACGUCAGGAUCAGGAGCGAGAGAAAAUGCUGAAGUCCAUUCUGCCCUCUUUGUUAUACUAGCCCCAACUCCCCAAUGGAGACAGGAUUGGUGUCGACCCCACUGGUGUUUGCGAUAAUGAGUAUCUGUUGUACUUGUUUGAAGUAACAAGGUGUAGAGCUGGAUGAUCACAGCAGGC